AUGUGUAUUUUUUAAUCUGAAUAUUACAUUGUUUGUGCAGGUUUUUAACAAUAUACAUUCCUAUUAAUUUAAUUAAAAAUUUUAAGGUAUUGCUGUUUGUAGAUACUCUGAAUAACUUAAAUUAAAUAAUCUUUAAUAAAUACUUUAUUAGAAUGUGCACUGGUAUUGACGAUGAAACGGAUGGAUAAAACACUAUAUAGGUGUUAGAGGAGAUGUGAUUAUGAUUGUAUUAAGACCAUAAACUACAUAAAAAAACGUUGAAAGUAUCGUGAUGUAGGAGAACCGCUUAUAACAAAGUUUCCUUUAUUUAUUUAGAUUAUUUAAAUUUAAAACAAAAUAUAUAAGCGGGGCAAAAAUUUCAUUAUAGUAUCAAUAUAAUAAAUUGCAAUUUUGUAUGUAUGUGAAAUAGGGACAUUUUAUGCAUCAAUCAAAUUGUUAACAUGAAACGUUACAGGAAACAUUGAAAAUGUUCAUGAUUUAACAUCACAAAAGAAAAAUUGAAUGGUUUUAUUUGUAUAACUCCAAAAGAACCUUAUAAUAAACUACAGGUAAUAUGCAUUUUGAAAUGUUUUUACAUAUCGAUCUAUACUUUUUAACAAAGUUUAUUGCUAUAUUAAGGCCCAGUUUCACCACUUAGUUUAACCGGAGUUUAAGUCAUUAAACUUGGUUUAAAGAAAAUAUUACGUUCCACAGCUUCUUUAAACUUACGUUAACAUCGAUUUCUUACGUUAAAGUUAAACGGUGAAUUUUGGGCGUUUAGGAAUCUAAACGAGGUUUAUUUCAGUGUCAAAAAUUUGUUUAGGUUUAGGUUAUGUAUAUAGCAUUGUUAUUUUGCUAGUGAGAAAAAUAAUCAAGUAAUUAAAAAUUUGUAAGUGACAAAUAAAAAUAUGUGUAUUGAUUAAAAUUAUGGCUUUAGCGUAUAUACUAUCAUCAUCUGAUAAAGAAAAUUUCAUUGUCAAUCGACGACCUCGACGACUUCGACGACCAAGAAAAAUAAAGAAACGACCAUCAUAUUUUGAAGAAUUGGAUGAUGUCGAUUUUCAUAUUCGGUUUCGUUUAUCAAAAGCAUCAGUUAAUACAAUAUUGAGAGAAAUCGAACAAGAAAUUUAUCAACGAGAACUAAACAAUGCUAUAGCUCCAAUGAAUCAACUUCUUUUGACGUUAAGGUUUUAUGCAACGGGAUGUCAUUUAUUAACGGCAGCGGAUUUUGGUGGAAUAAGUAAAUCAAGCUGUCACAGAAUUGUUCAUCGAGUGACUAAAGCUAUUGCUCGUCUUCGACCACGUUAUAUAAAAUUUCCUAUAUUGCCUGAGGAAAUAAAAAAAACACAAGUUGAAUUUUUCAAUAUUGCAAGGUUUCCUAGAGUAAUAGGCUGCAUUGAUUGUACUCAUGUAAAAGUACAGUCAUUUGGUGGAAAUGAUGCAGAGUAUUAUAGAAACAGAAAAGGAUAUUUUUCCAUUAAUGUACAAGCAAUUUGUAAUGCAAAUUUAGAGAUAAUUGAUAUUGUGGGUCGAUGGCAAGGAUCAGUGCAUGAUGCCACAAUAUUUAAUAAUUGCAGAAUACGCGCUUUAUUCGAAGCUGGAACAUUUGGGAAUUCUUUCCUAUUAGGAGAUGGUGGUUAUGCUCUUCGUCCUUAUUUUAUGACUCCUUUACAAAAUCCGCGCACUCGUAUGGAGCAACUAUAUAAUGAAUCGCAUAUACGAACACGGAAUACAAUCGAGCGUGUAUUCGGUAUAUGGAAAAGAAGAUUUCCAAUUUUAGCAGUUGGAUCUCGAUUUCAAAAGGUAGACAAAGUUUUACCCGUUAUUGUUGCAAUUGCUGUGUUGUAUAAUAUUGCUCGGCAAACCGGUGAUGCAUUACCACCAAACGAUCCUGCACUGCAAUUGCCCGUCCCAUGGGAAAAUAUAUUACAAGAAGGCAAUAUAGUUUAUAGAAAUGAUGUACCUGGUAAUAAUGAGAUACAACGUCUAUUAAUCAACGAUUAUUUCCGAAGUUUAAUGUAAGCAACCAAUUUUGCUGCUGAUCAAAGUCCUUCGACUUCUCAUUUAGUGAACAAAGUCUACAAAACUAUGUUAGUAGGAAUAAAAAAACCAAAGAUGCGACUCUCUUUAUCAUAUCGAGAUUAUCAUAUUAAUACAAAUAAUGUAAUUGUAUUCCUUCAUCCUAUAUUUUAAUAAAAAAUUUUUUAAAAAUAAAGAAUAAAGCAAAAACCAAAUUAAAAGAAUAUUUCUACGAAUACAUAAAUAAUCUUAUAUACUUACAUUUUAUGACUCUCAGAACUUUAACACUAACAUAAAUAAUUGCAAUCCCUGCAAUAAAAUCUAAUAUAAAAAAA